AUGAAUACUGGCGGAAGGCUCAUUGCUGGUUCUCACAACCGGAAUGAGUUUGUUCUCAUCAAUGCCGAUGAGACUGCAAGAAUUCGAUCGGUGCAAGAAUUGAGUGGCCAAGUGUGCCAGAUAUGUGGUGACGAGAUCGAGAUCACAGUGGACGGAGAGAUAUUCGUUGCAUGCAACGAAUGUGCUUUCCCUGUGUGCAGAACUUGUUAUGAGUACGAGAGACGAGAGGGCAAUCAGGCUUGUCCUCAGUGUAAAACCAGAUAUAAGCGUCUCAAAGGUAGUCCUAGGGUCGACGGUGAUGAGGAAGAAGAUGACGUCGAUGAUCUGGAGCACGAAUUCGAAUAUCGCGACUUUGACGGUUUGGGCCCAGAACAAGUUGCAGAGGCAAUGCUUGCUGCAAGACUCAAUACUGGCCAUGGUUCCCACCUUAAUAAUGCCUCUGGAGUUUAUGUACAAUCAGAACUCAAUGCUUCACCCCUCGACUCUACAAUUCCUCUGCUCACAUAUCACAACGAGGAUGUUGAUAUCACUUCUGAUGAUCAUGCUCUUGUUGUUUCCCCUCGGUCGAGUCAUGGAAAUAGAGUUCAUCCGAUGCCUUUUCCAGAUCCAUCUACACCAUUGCAACCCAGAUCUAUGGUUCCACAGAAGGACAUAGCUGUAUAUGGCUAUGGAAGUGUUGCUUGGAAGGACAGAAUGGAAGAGUGGAAGAGAAGGCAAAGUGACAGACUUCAGGUGGUCAAGCAUGAAGGGGGGAGUGGUGGCGGAAACUACAAUGGGAAUGAACUUGAUGACCCUGAUUUGCCCAUGAUGGAUGAGGGCAGGCAGCCACUUUCGAGGAAGUUACCUAUUCCUUCAAGCAAGAUAAAUCCAUAUAGACUUGUAAUUGUCAUCCGUCUUUUGAUCGUGGGACUGUUCUUCCACUACAGAAUUCUUCACCCCGUCAAAGAUGCAUUUGGAUUGUGGCUAACAUCGGUUAUAUGUGAAAUAUGGUUUGCCUUAUCAUGGAUUCUUGACCAGUUCCCAAAAUUGUACCCUAUAGAACGAGAGACAUACCUCGAUCGAUUGUCACUAAGGUAUGAGAAAGAAGGCAAACCAUCAGAGCUAGCUAGCAUAGAUGUAUUUGUUAGCACGGUGGACCCCUUGAAAGAACCCCCAUUAAUUACAGCGAAUACCGUCCUCUCCAUUCUUGCCGUAGACUACCCCGUUGAUAAGGUCUCUUGCUACGUAUCCGAUGAUGGUGCUGCUAUGCUCACCUUUGAAGCGCUCUCAGAGACAUCUGAAUUUGCUAGGAAAUGGGUUCCUUUCUGUAAGAAGUUUAAUAUCGAGCCUAGAGCACCUGAGUGGUACUUCUCCCAAAAGAUUGAUUACUUAAAGAAUAAGGUCCAUCCCUCGUUCGUUAGGGAAAGGCGUGCUAUGAAGAGGGAUUACGAAGAGUUUAAGGUCAGGAUCAAUGGAUUGGUUUCGACAGCGCAAAAGGUUCCGGAAGAUGGUUGGACAAUGCAAGAUGGAACUCCAUGGCCAGGAAAUAAUGUGCGGGAUCAUCCUGGCAUGAUUCAGGUAUUUCUUGGUCAGAGUGGUGUGCGUGACGUUGAAGGUGAUGAGUUGCCUCGUUUAGUUUACGUUUCUCGUGAGAAGAGACCAGGGUUUGACCAUCACAAAAAGGCUGGGGCUAUGAAUGCACUGAUACGAGUUUCAGCUGUGCUGUCCAACGCUCCUUACAUGCUGAACGUUGAUUGCGAUCAUUACAUCAAUAACAGCAAGGCUCUAAGAGAAGCCAUGUGUUUCAUGAUGGACCCAACUUCGGGGAAGAAAGUGUGCUAUGUGCAGUUCCCUCAGAGAUUCGAUGGGAUUGAUCGACAUGAUCGAUACUCUAAUAGGAAUGUCGUCUUUUUCGAUAUCAACAUGAAAGGUCUGGAUGGUUUACAAGGACCAAUUUACGUCGGUACUGGUUGUGUCUUCCGGAGGCAAGCUCUUUACGGUUAUGAUGCACCCGUCAAAAAGAAGCCUCCAGGGAAGACCUGCAACUGCUGGCCUAGAUGGUGCUGCCUGUGCUGCGGAUUGAGAAAGAACACGAAAUCAAGUGCCAAGAAGAACAAGAACAAGAAGAAAAUGAAGGGCAGAGAAGCGUCAAAUCAAGUCCAUGCUCUUGAAAAUAUCGAAGGACAGAAUGAGUUGAUUACAAAGAAGUCUUCUGAAACACCUCAGACCAAAUUGGAGAAGAAAUUUGGGCAGUCCCCGGUAUUUAUAGCCUCUGCUCGUCUUGAAGAAGGUGGAGUUCCAAGAGAUGCCAAUCCUGCUGCCUUAUUGAGAGAAGCUAUUCAGGUUAUCAGUUGUGGGUAUGAAGACAAAACAGAAUGGGGCAAAGAAGUGGGAUGGAUCUAUGGCUCUGUUACGGAGGACAUUCUGACAGGGUUCAAGAUGCACUGCCAUGGAUGGCGGUCUGUGUAUUGCAUGCCUAAAAGACCGGCCUUUAAAGGAUCGGCUCCUAUUAACCUGUCAGAUCGUCUGCACCAAGUUCUUCGAUGGGCAUUGGGGUCGGUUGAGAUUCUCUUGAGCAGACAUUGCCCACUAUGGUAUGGAUAUGGUGGUGGGUUGAAGUCGCUGGAGCGAUUUUCAUACAUAAACUCCGUCAUCUAUCCUUUGACCUCCAUUCCCUUACUGGCUUACUGCACACUGCCAGCUAUCUGUCUUCUCACUGGCAAGUUCAUUGUCCCUCAGAUUAGCAACUAUGCCAGCAUACUGUUCAUGCUACUCUUCGUAUCGAUCGCUGCGACGAGUCUCUUCGAGAUGCAAUGGGGUGGUGUGGGACUCGAUGAUAUUUGGCGAAACGAGCAGUUCUGGGUGAUUGGUGGUGUCUCGUCCCACCUCUUCGCCCUCUUCCAAGGUCUCCUCAAGGUCUUGGCCGGAGUGAACACCAACUUCACCGUGACCUCAAAGGCAGCCGAUGAUGGAGAGUUCUCGGAUCUCUACAUCUUCAAGUGGACUUCCCUCCUCAUCCCUCCCACGACAUUGUUGAUUAUAAACAUCGUCGGAGUUGUGGUUGGGAUAUCCAAUGCAAUCAACAAUGGCUAUGACUCGUGGGGCCCACUGUUCGGCAGGCUGUUCUUCGCCAUAUGGGUGAUCGUCCAUCUUUACCCUUUCCUCAAGGGGUUGCUAGGGAAGCAGGACAGGAUGCCGACGAUCAUUCUGGUGUGGUCGAUUCUCCUUUCAUCGAUAUUGACCUUGCUUUGGGUGAGAGUCAACCCAUUCGUGUCGAGAGAUGGUCCUGUGUUGGAGGUCUGUGGGUUGAACUGUGACUGA